AAACAUUUUGGUUUGGGUUUGGGGAACAACAUGAACUUAAAUAUUUUACUGUGUUUAGUGUUAGUUGCAACUAUUAGCUGCAACCCCAUCGUCGAAGCUGGUGGGCAAGAUUGGUGGCAAACGGCUGUUUUCUACCAGAUUUAUCCCAGGUCUUUUAAGGACAGUGAUAAUAAUGGCAUAGGGGAUCUACAAGGUAUAAUCUCAAAACUUGACCAUCUUAAAGAUGCCGGUGUAACAGCAACAUGGCUCUCGCCUAUCUACAAGUCCCCAGGCGUGGACCAAGGUUACGAUAUCUCGGACUACAGAGAUAUAGACCCCAUUUUUGGCACCUUGGAAGAUUUCAAACAACUCCUCGCAAAAGCCAAGGAGUUGGGCAUAAAAGUCAUUCUUGAUUACGUACCAAAUCACACCAGUGACGAGCAUGAGUGGUUUAAAAAAUCGUUGGAGAAUGAUAAUGAGUACAACGAUUACUUUAUUUGGGCUGAAGGAAGAAAUAAUAAUACCGAACCUCCAAACAACUGGGUCAGCCAUUUUAAGGGACCUGCAUGGACUUUUAGGAAGGAGAGAGGACUAUGGUAUCUUAAUAAGUUUGCCCCCCAACAGCCUGACUUGAACUAUAGAAAUCCUAAGGUUGUGCAAGCCAUGAAGGACGUCUUAAACUUCUGGAUGGACCUUGGUGUAGAUGGUUUCAGAGUAGAUACAAUUCCCGAUUUGUUCGAGGUAGAAGAUCUUCGUGAUGAACCUCGUUCAGAUGACGCGAGUGCCACUCCAAACGACUACGAAUAUUUGUCGCACAUCUACACGCAAGAUUUAGACGAAACUUAUGACAUGGUUUACCAAUGGCGCGAAUUGCUCGACGAGCAUCAAAAGACAAACGGAGGUGACACCAGGGUGUUGAUGACCGAAGUAUACAGUGACUUCGAGAAAAAUAUUAAAUAUUAUGGGUUGCCGGAUGGUUCAAGAAGGGGGGCACAUUUUUCCUUUAACUUUGAAUUAAUCGUAAAAGUCAACGAAGGAUCUUCUUCAAUGGAUAUCCUUACCAUUAUCGACAGGUGGGUCGACAAUCUACCAGAAAUAUACACUCCCAAUUGGGUGCUUGGCAACCACGAUCAGCACAGAUACCCAUCCAGGUUGGGUCCAGAGAACAGAGAUUCCUUCAUGAUGCUUCAAUCGAUGUUACCUGGUGUUCAGGUGACUUAUAACGGCGAAGAAAUAGGCAUGGAAGAUGGCCAGGUUAGCUGUGACGAAGGUGCUGAUCCACAGGCCAUUAAAAAUUGCAGUAUUUUCGAUGCUGUAAGCAGAGAUUUUGAGCGUACGCCUUUUCAGUGGGACGAAUCGGUAAAUGCUGGAUUUAAUGAUGGAGGUAGGACUUGGUUGCCUGUGAGUGAUAAGUAUUUGGAGAAUAAUUUGAAGAAGCAAAAAGAAGGAGUGAGGAGCUACUACAAUACAUUUAAGAGCCUUAUAGACAUAAGGAAAGAAUUAACGUUAAAGGUGCCGACAAAAACAGCUUUACUAAAGGAGUCUGUAAUGGCUAUUUCUCGGCCCAUCAAUGAUUGUAGGGCAUAUCAUUUUCUUUACAAUAGGCAUGGUGAUACAAAGGAGGUUGAUAUACCAUAUGGACUUGACGACUCAAAAUAUACGGUGGUGGCCAGCAAACUUACCUCUCAACAUAUCAUAGGAGACGAAGUAUCGCAGCAAAUUAAAUUGGAUCCUAAUGAUUCAUUGAUUGUUAGGGAGACCUGUUAAAAGUUGAAUUUAAUUUAUUUUUGUUUGAACUGUAUAUGAUUUCAUUAAAAGUAUUAUUAAUUU